GGUUUGAGAGCUUUCUUAAAGCGGAAAACCACGUUUGUCAAUUUAAAAAGGUAUUUUGGUUUGAGAGCUUGCUUAAAGCGGAAAACCACGUUUACCAAAACGAAGGCAACCUCUCAGGCUUUUUGACAUGGUGGAAGUCCAGAGAAGGAAUCUCAAUCCGAAGCCAAUGGCCAACAUUUCAAAGCUCUGUAAAGUGUACUAUUAAGCAAGAUGGAUGGUCAAAGAAGGCGAUCAAAUCCGUCAGGAACACCUACCAGAACAAGAAUGGUGGAUUCUCCUCCUUAUCCUUUGAAGCUCUUUUGUAGAUCACUUUUCAUUGUCUUUACAUUCUUCUGUAUUUUAUUCUGGUUACUUUUCGUCUUCGAGCUCCCCCUGGACUCAGAAGACCACAGCACCGUACGCCUAUACCCCAAAAGACUAGAGAAACAUUUCAAUCGUAGAAAUCCAAGUGCCGUUAAAUCUCAAGCUUCUUGGGGAUAUCUCGGCGAAAUGAUGGUUGGAAUGCUGCCGCAAGACCUGCCGUUUACUGUAUUUGUUCCGGCCGAGCAAAAUUUCCGGCAUAUUUUAGGCCUGAAAGAUAAUUCUGCCCGGAGAGAGAAUUUUACAGACGAAUUGGCUGUAAACUCGACGCUUGAUAAUACAGUGGCUGUUGUUUCGAGAAUUUUAGGGUUUAGUACAGUUCCAUUCCAUUUGCUCUCGAGGUCCGUUCCAUCAAACGGCGAGGUUGUUGCGGAUUCUCUGUCUGGAUUUAGUUUGCAAGUGGCUAAGUCUUCUAAGGGGGUUUUAUAUGUAAAUAAUAUAAGCUGUGGAGUUACUGAUUUGAAAAAGGGGGCAAUUGUUGUUCAUGUUGUGCGCGGGGUUAUCAUGGAUGCAGAGUUUGAGCAAUCUAUGAGACCGGACGAAGAUUAAGAUUUGGACUAAUUUUAUGUUUCGUUAUUUUAAUCAAUUUUUAAGAUCUAUGAUUUUUGC